AUGUCAGCUGCCGCUCCCUUGGCACUUACCACCACGUUCUCACCACCACCAGCAUGCACCACCGACACAUGGUACAUUGAGUAUGUAGAAGGCACCUACUACUAUACCACUUCGAUUUCGAACAGUCUCGAGGGCUGGUAUCUCAGCCAGGGGCCCACGGAUUGGAGGAGCUGUUUCCCGUCCGGAUAUGAGGCGACAACCGCUUUCUACUACUCGCCAGGCGUGUGUCCAUCAGGCUAUUCCAUAGCCAGCUCGACGAUUAUUAGUAUUGGAACCAGUUCUGAGACCCGGGCGACAUGUUGUCCAUCGAGUUUCACCGCCCAAACAGAUGAUGGUUUAGUGUGGUACUCGACCAACCGAUGCUUUUCGGCUAAUACCGAUACGGACUAUGUAUGGACAUUCACCAAAGAGGGAACGAUAAGUAGCAAAACAACCGCUGGCGGACUGAAUGCCAAGGCGGUCUUUGUUCGAUGGCAAGAAUCCGACUUUCAGACACCGGCCACGACCACCACAGACUCGACCGCGACCAGCACCGGGUCAACCGCGAGAUACACAGAUUCAAGCUCAGGACCAUCGGCUACGGCAACAGCCGCGGCCACAGAUCAGAAUACCGAUUCAGCACAAGGAGGAUCUUCAAGGGCAUGGAUUGCAGGGCCUGUCGUCGGAAUUGUGGUUGCGUGCGCCUUGAUCGCGUUCGCUGCUACAUGGUACAACGGACGACGCCGACGUCAGAAAAGCCCUAUGGGAGCAUAUACUUCGCCAGGACUUCCGCAUAAUAGGGCAGAACUUUACCAAGAACCCAGAGUGUUUGAAGCCCCCUCUGGGGCCAUUUACCCGGGCCCUUUCGAACUUUCUGCCACAAAACAUCGCUAA